CCCAAAUCAAUCCCUUACUGGUGUUUUAUCUGAAAAUAUGUAUGCUAGAUAUCUCUGAUUAUGGCUUUUAUGGAAGCAAUUCUUUUGCAGGGUUUCAGCACAAGUGCUUUACUAGGUGCUUUGCUGCUGUUUGUGGUUGUUUAUCUACUGUUCUCUGGCUCCAGAUCUCAGGAUGAGGAACAAGAACCUCCAGGUCCCAAACCAUUGCCACUGCUUGGGAACCUACUCAUGCUUGACCUCAAGAAAGUCUACGUGAGCCUCUGCGAGCUGUCAAAACAAUAUGGAUCAGUUUUCACUGUACAUUUCGGCCCCAAAAAAGUCAUAGUGCUGGCGGGAUACAAGACGGUCAAGCAGGCACUUGUGAACCUUUCAGAGGAAUUUGGAGACAGAGAUAUCACCCCCAUAUUCCAUGAUUUCAACAAGGGAUUUGGGAUUGUAUUUUCCAAUGGUGAAAACUGGAGUCAAAUGAGACGCUUUGCUCUUUCAAAACUGCGAGACUUUGGGAUGGGGAAGAGAGGAAGUGAAGAUAAAAUCAUUGAAGAAUCAAUGUAUUUAAGAGAGGAAUUUGAGAAGUUUGAAGGAAAACCAUUCGAUACCAGUCUGCCUGUGAGCCUGGCUAUUUCAAACAUAAUCUCAUCGAUAGUCUACGGUAGCAGAUUUGAGUACAGCGACCCUCAGUUACAUGAAAUGGUCCAACGAGCAUACGAAAACAUGAAAAUGGUUGGCUCAGCCUCAAUCCAGCUCUACAACAUGUUUCCUUGGCUUCGUCCAUUUGUGAAGAACCAAAAACAAAUAGUGAACAACCUCAGGGAUAACUAUAAAGAAAGUGAGAAACUCAUAAAAGGCUUGCUAAAGACUUUGAACCCUCAAGAUCCCAGAGGGUUUGCUGAUUCGUUUCUUAUUCAACAGCAAAUUGAAAAGGACUCUGGCAAAAAAGCGACUCUGUUCCACAUGCAGAAUCUAUUUUAUACAGUUAACAACCUGUUUGCUGCCGGGACUGACACUACAACUACAACACUACGCUGGAGUCUUCUGCUGAUGGCCAAAUACCCUCAAAUACAAGACAAGGUCCAAGAGGAGAUUGACAGAGUGAUCGGUGAACAUCAGCCAGUGGUGGAGGACAGGAAGAAAUUACCAUACACAGACGCUGUGAUCCAUGAAACCCAGAGACUGGCCAACAUAGUCCCCACAGGUGUGCCCCGUAAGACCACCUGUGACGUUCACCUCAAUGGAUACCUCAUCAAGAAGGGUACUAGCGUUUUCCCACUUCUGGUAACUGUAUUAAAAGAUGAAAAUGAGUGGGAAACACCACAUACCUUCAACCCAGGACACUUCCUAAAUAAGCAGGGCCAGUUUGUAAAAAAGGAUGCCUUUAUGCCCUUCUCUGCGGGGCGCAGGGUGUGUCUUGGAGAGGGUUUGGCCAGGAUGGAACUCUUCCUGUUCUUCACCUCCCUCCUUCAGGCUUUCCGCUUCACUCCUCCACCUGGAGUGUCUGAAGAUGAUCUGGACCUCACACCAUCUGUGGGAUUUACCCUCAACCCGUCUCCACAUAAACUGUGUGCAGUGAAACGAUCUUAAUCAGACGCUUUCCAUUUGCUUUGGAAUGUAACCUUGUGUUGUAUUGUUAUGGUCACUUAUAUAUCUUUUUUUCUUCACUUUAUUGAUUACAUUUUCCCUUUUAACUGAUGGUUCCUUUAACUGCAAGAUAAGGAUUUUAAAACUAAAAUCUGUGCCAACUGUCAUAAACAACAUGAAAAAUCAAUAAAGAACCUUGUCCAUA